GCGUGUGUCUCGCUGGGACACAGUGCAGGUCUGGGCUCCGGUUUGCGGAGCGGUCGGGUGUAUUCGCCUCCACGCCCCCCGCCAAGCCCUCGAGGCCCCUGCCGCCGCCCGAACCAACGGCGUAGCCAGCCCGUGGCUCCGCGGCGCCCUCCCGCACCGGAUCGCUCCUCGCUGGGGCGGGACCUGGCCCGACAGCCUCGGUCACUAUGAGUGAAUCAUCGUUCCACCUAAUAUCAGAAAAAUGUGACAUUCUCUCAAUUCUCCGGGACCAUCCUGAAAACAGGAUUUACCAGAGGAAGAUCCAGGAGCUCAGCAAAAGGUUCUCCGCCAUCCGCAAGACCAAGGGGGACGGGAACUGCUUCUACCGGGCUCUGGGCUAUUCCUACCUGGAGUCGCUGCUGGGGAAGAGCAGAGAGGUCCUCAAGUUCAAAGAGCGUGUGCUGCAGACCCCACAUGACCUCCUGGCUGCCGGCUUUGAGGAGCACAAGUUCCGAAACUUCUUCAAUGCUUUCUACAGCGUGGUGGAGCUGGUGGAGAAGGACGGCUCGGUGGCCAGCCUGCUGAAGGUGUUCAACGACCAGAGCGCCUCCGACGGGAUCGUGCAGUUCCUGCGCCUGCUCACCUCCGCCUUCAUCAGGAACCGCGCCGACUUCUUCCGGCACUUCGUCGACGAGGAGAUGGACAUCAAGGACUUCUGCACUCACGAAGUGGAGCCCAUGGCCAUGGAGUGUGACCACAUCCAGAUCACGGCCCUGUCCCAGGCGCUGAACAUCGCCCUGCAGGUGGAGUACGUGGACGAGAUGGACACGGCCCUGAACCACCACGUGUUCCCCGAGGCUGCCACCCCUUCCGUUUACCUGCUCUAUAAAACUUCCCACUACAACAUCCUCUAUGCAGCCGAUAAACGUGAUUAAUUUUAGGCCA